AUGAUAAUUGCCUGGCUGGAAAGUCACCAGCUCUGUGAGGGAGAGGAGCCGCAGUGGGCCAGAUCCAUCCAUCAUGGACCAGACCCUCUCUUUCUUUCUCCACGGCGCUGCUUCACCUUGACUGGCACCCAAGUGCUCAUAAUGGAUGAACGGUGUAAAGUGAUACAUGGAGAGAUUGCUGCAUACAGCAUGCUGUGUAUGUUGGGAGAUGAUGAAGAUUUAUGUAAAAUUGUUACAGUGUAUCGUGUGAUGAGGAUGAUGAUGCUGAUCGUCAUGCUCUGGGGUAUCAACAUAUGGAGCAGAAUUAUUGACUGGCGUGUUUUAUUAUGUGUUGCGUGGCCCUUAUGUGUGUCCUGGAUUGAUGAGCUCAUCUCUCUGCUGCAGGUGGUUGCGUUGAACCAGCGCAGUAAGGAGGCGGAGUCUGCGUUCCUGGGAAUAUAUAAACAGCUGAUCGAGGCCCCAGAUCCAGCUCCGCUGCUGCAGGCCACAGAGGAGCGUCUGGCAGAUCUUCAGCGUUCGGCUCCUGACGGUGACUCUCUGGUCACAGAAAUCUCUGAGCACUGGAGAAAACACCCGGAGUGCCUUGACAAAGCAGAACACACAGAGGAGGGGCCUGUAACCGUGGAGACGGGGGAGGCAUCGUCACAGCGGCCCCACAUGAUGUCACCAAACAGCACACAGAACGUCCAGGAUGGAGACGCCCCGCUCCAAAAUCAUCAGGACACACAGGAAGGGGAGGAACAUGAAUCAGACGCUUCGCUGCCUGUCAGACUCGGCCAGGGUGAGGACCGGAUCAAAGCGCUUCAGUCAUCGCUGAACUCGGCCCGAACAGAGCUGCAGGAACUGAGGUGUAAAUACGACAAAGAAAUGGCGGAAAAAGUGGAUGAGAUGGGCGCGCUAAUGGUGAACCUGGAGAAGGCCAAGCAGAGAGCGGGUCUGGCCCAGAGGGAGGUGGAGAAGCUGAAGGAGCAGCUCGCUGGCUCUUCUAAAGGGACCGGCCCAUCAGAAGACAGACCCAAGGAGCGCGAGGAGCGAGACGAGACCUCGCUGUCCCGGCUGGAGGCGGUGCUGUUCUCCAAGGACAGAGAGAUCCUGCGACUGCUCGAGAGCGUCCAGAGACUCCAGUUCACCUUACAGGAAGUCCAGGACUCCUCGGCCAAUCAGAUCGCAGAGCUGAAGCGGCAGCUGGCCUAUAAGUCAGAAGCUAUAGAGACUCUGGAGGCCAAGCUACAGUCUCAGAUGGAUUAUGAAGAGAUCAAAACUGAACUCAGCAUCCUGAAAGCCAUGAAACUGGCAUCAGCCAACGGAAGUUCAUCCCAGGAAUCAGCCAAAGGCUCCGCUGAGGCUCUGUUGCUGGACAAAGACGCCUUUCUGUCCUCUCACAGAUUUCUUGUGGAUAAAGUCAGAGCGUUACACAACAGCGACGAGGGUCACUCCGAGGACUCCAGUAAGGAUGUGAGUCGCCCGGUGGGCUCGUAUUCCUCUCCUCCAGGAACUUUGCCCAUAGAUGGCCUCUCUUCCUCCAGCCCAGGACCGCCCAUCACUGACACGCCUUCCUCCGCCCAUGAAAUGCCCCGCCCCUUCUCAGUGUCGCCCUUCUCGGGCGAGAAACUUCCCGGAGAUCAGCUCCUGCAGAAGCAGCUCCUGUCUCCACUCUUCAAGAAAGACGGCAGCUCCAUCAUGGCAUUCCCCACCGCCCUCUACGCCGCCAAAGCGGCCCUCAUGUCAGCCAAUCAGAACGCCUCAAUGCCCGUCACCAUUGAGACAGGCAUGCCAAGUGACCAAUCGGAGAGCGGAAGCUCAGGGGGAGGAGACGAGGACCAGGUGGACACGGCAGAUAUUGCUUUUCAGGUCAAAGAGCAGCUGCUGAAACACAACAUCGGUCAGCGUGUGUUCGGACACUACGUGCUGGGCCUCUCGCAGGGCUCGGUCAGCGAGAUCCUGGCUCGCCCCAAACCCUGGAGGAAGCUCACCGUCAAGGGCAAAGAGCCUUUCAUCAAAAUGAAGCAGUUCCUGUCGGACGAGCAGAACAUCCUGGCGUUACGCACCAUCCAGGUUCGCCAGCGAGGGAGCAUCACUCCUCGCAUCCGAACUCCUGAAACUGGGUCAGAUGAUGCCAUCAAGAACAUUCUAGAGCAGGCCAAGAAGGAGAUCCAGUCACAAAGAGGUGAUUGUAAGUCGUCUUUGGGCUGUUCAUCAGGACGUAACAGCUCUGGAGGAAGCAGCAGUUCUGACGAAACCAUCAAGAGCAUCCUGGAGCAGGCUCGUCGAGAGAUGCAGGCGCAGCAGCAGGCCCUGCUGGAGAUGGAGGUGUGCAGCCGGGCGUCCUCCAGCGAGCGUCUCGCCCUGCAGGAUCCAGCCAAGGGACAGCUGAUCCCCACACCGCCCUUCAUCAAACAGGAAGAGGGUGUGUCCGUACCAACGUGUGUGUCCAAUCCCACCGGCAGCCCUCAGACGCCUCUGAGCGUCCUGUCUCCAGCCGCCUUCGUCCAAAACAUCAUCCGUAAGGUGAAGUCGGAGAUCGGCGAAGCUGGCACGUAUUUCGACCAGCACUGGUCCACCGAGCGCGGUGCGGUCGUGAUGAUGGGCGGCACCUCUCACCCGUUCACCUCCGUGUCUCCGUCGCUUUCCUCCUCCUCGUCCACGGGACAUUCGUCCAUGCCUCGUCCCUGGCCGCGGAUGGAGAACGGAGACUGCCCUGCAAACGGCGAGGAAGCGUCUGCUCCUGAGGACGAGCCCGUGAUGGGACGACCGCUGGAGAUCAAGGUGGAGCCGGACGCCUCGGUCAGCGGCGAGUCACCCGGUGGAGGAGGACGGGUGUCGUAUUACCCCACCUACAUCCCCCGAACCCUGAAGCCCACCGUCCCGCCGCUGACCCCGGAGCAGUACGAGAUGUACAUGUACCGCGAGGUGGACACCCUCGAACUCACCCGGCAGGUGAAGGAAAAACUGGCCAAGAACGGGAUCUGCCAGAGGAUCUUCGGAGAGAAGGUGCUGGGUUUGUCUCAGGGCAGCGUGAGUGACAUGUUAUCCAGACCUAAACCCUGGAGUAAGCUCACUCAGAAGGGCCGGGAGCCGUUCAUACGCAUGCAGCUCUGGCUGCUGGACCAGCUGGGUCACGGACUCAGCUCACUGUCCGGCCACAGUCACGGUCAGGAUAAGAGCCCCGUGACGAGCCACUCGUCCCCGUCUCCUCCUCCGAGUCCCGAAGACGGUCACCCCAGCGUGACCCUGGAGAGCAGUAAAGAGAACCAGCAGCCGCAGCACACCGAGCCCCACGGAGGGAAGAGCACGCUGGGCAUGAUGGUCCCGCAGCAGCCCCACACACCGCUGGGCAUCCAGGAGCUGGUGGCCAUGUCCCCGGAGCUGGACACAUACACCAUCACCAAGAGAGUGAAGGAAGUGCUGACCGACAACAACUUAGGUCAGCGUCUGUUUGGAGAGAGCAUUCUGGGAUUGACUCAGGGUUCAGUGUCUGACCUGUUGUCCCGACCGAAGCCGUGGCACAAGCUCAGUCUGAAGGGACGCGAGCCGUUCGUCCGCAUGCAGCUGUGGCUCAACGACCCGCACAACGUCGACAAACUCCGAGACGUCAAGAAACUGGAGAAGAAAGCGUAUCUGAAGAGGCGAUACGGUCUGUUGAGUCCCGGCUCAGACAGCGAUUCCCCCGGCGCUCAUUCAGACUGCAUCAGUCCAGGUCUGACCCCGCUGGAGCUCUGCCCGUUCAGCCAGGCCAAGAAACCCCGCGUGGUGCUGGCGGCCGAGGAGAAGGAGGCUCUGACCAAGGCGUAUCUGCAGGAGCCGUACCCCUCUCAACACACCAUCGAGAUGCUGGCCGCACAACUCAACCUCAAAACCAACACCGUCAUCAACUGGUUCCACAACUACAGGUCUCGUAUGCGGCGAGAGGUCCUGAUGGAGGGUCUCCAAGACCACGACACAGACGCCGAGCACAACAACUACUCCCCGCUGACAUCGCACAGCCCUGUAUCUGACCACGAUGACAGGAAGCAGCCCUCGGCCGUGCACAGCCGCCCUCUGAGCGCCGCCCCGCGCCGGUUCACUGUCAAACAGGAGACCAGCGAGCCGGAUGAAGACCAGGAGCUCCGUCUGCGGCAGGCCAAGUGCUUCUCAAUCCAGUUCGCCCAGCUCAAAAGUGACCCAGAAACACCCCAGCACCGCUCGCUGGGCGUCAAAGACGAGGAGCCGCAGAGGAACAGCCACGAGAACGAGGAGCUGGAGAAGUCACCUGAGGAUCCCGUCAGCUUCAAGGCUUCAUCCGAACCGUCCCGGGGCAGCCUGGAGGUGUCGCUCAACUCACCCUCCGCCGCGUCCUCGCCCGGCCUCAUGAUGUCCGUGUCACCCGUCCCGUCCUCUUCCGCCCCCAUCUCCCCGUCUCCGCCCAACCCGCCGGCCACGAACCACCACCACUCGCCCUCGCUCAACCCCAAACUCAACAAAAGCACUCAGAGACGCAACGAGAAGAUGGCCAACCUCAACAACAUCAUCCAUCGCCUGGAGCGGGCCGCCAACCGCGAGGAGACGCUCGAGUGGGAGUUCUAGAGAUUCACAGAAGAUCGUAAGCGUCAGAUCUUUAUAAACACAUUUUAGGUAUUUUAAUAAAGUCACUUUGGAUUCUGCGUCACAGCACUAGCUGGUUUUGAGGAGUUAACGUAGCGGUGUCAUGAAAUGCACACUGACGUCUUGUAGAUUGCCACUGGGUGAGAUUAUUAAAUAAAAGACCUCUGUUUUAAGCCAUCAAAAAGCACUACUUAUUUAAAAACAAAACGAGAGAGAGAGAGACAAUGACCAAAUUUGCUAAUUUUUGAAUAGCAGUUUUUCAACUUUUGUCUGUAAGACGGGACAGCGGAGUCAGGUGACGCGCGACAGCUUCACUCUGACCGAGGGAUAGUCCUAAAAGACUCUAAAAUAGUGAACAUUGCAUAUGUAUUUAGUUUCUUGGUGACAUGUUUUGGAUCUUUUGUUAUACAAGCGUACAACGUGUGAUUGUGUGUGUUGUAGAAGUCGUCUGCAAUAGCCUUCUCUGAACAAGAUGUAGCAUGAACAUCAUUUACCCUCUGUUUCCUCUCUAGAUAGUAACCUGUGAUAUACUCGAGCGAUGCUAUAACAAGAGAAAAACGGCAAAAACAAGAGAAAAGGAAAUUUAAAAAAAAAGUUGGUACGACGGUAGAUGCAUUUUUGAUUUUGUGAACGUGUCAUUUUUUUAUUUUAUUUUUGGUUGGAUACUUGGAGGUUUUACACCAGAGCUCUUGUGCACAGUUUAAAUCAAGAUGCAUUUACUUGAGAUGCAAAAAUGUUUUCUGAUAUAAUUAAGUGAUUUUUUUUGCUUAAAACACGGGGAAAAAAAAUCUAUAAUUAGAAUAAGAAAAAUAAUCUUGCAUUAAAUCUUGUUUUACAUCAUUUUUCUUACACCCAUUGAUGUUAUUUUUCUUGUUUGAUGUUUUUUU